UCGAUGCGUCGGCUACUUUGACGCGCAAUGUUGCUUUGACGGCCGGUUGUCUAUGGGAGUUCUCGGUCGUAAGAUUAGUGGCUUUGUAUUUUAUGAUCAGUGAAUUAAAAGGAAUUAUUUUAUUUCUAUGUAUGAGAGUGAAUAAAAUAACUAUUUGAAUAUGGCUUUGGAGGGUGUGAAAAGUGAAAAAAGUGAGGAAAACAACGGUAACGUGCCGGACGGCAAGGCGAAUGGGACGGACAACAAAAGUAAACAGAUAGACCCCAACACAGCAUUCCUGCGCGCGGCCCGCGGCGGCCAACUCGACACAGUCGUCGAUCUGCUCGACUCCGGAGCUGUCAAAGAUAUCAACACAUGUAAUUCGAACGGACUCAACGCGUUACACUUAGCCGCAAAAGACGGCCACAUUGCUGUUGUAGAAGAACUACUUAAACGCGGCGCUAUCGUCGACGCAGCCACAAAAAAAGGAAACACAGCACUCCACAUAGCAUGUCUCGCCGGCCAGGAGUCGGUAGCGCGAGCGCUGCUCGGCGCAGGCGCGAAGGCGGACGCACAAUCUGCAGCAGGAUUUACCCCAUUAUAUAUGGCUGCGCAGGAAAACCACGCGGGAUGUGUCAAAAUGCUGCUGGCAGCAGGUGCCAGCCAGACUCUUGCCACCGAGGAUGGCUUCACACCCCUAGCGGUAGCAAUGCAACAAGGUCACGACAGGGUGGUGGCAGAACUACUGGAAUCAGACACACGAGGCAAGGUGCGGUUGCCGGCACUCCACAUAGCCGCUAAGAAAAACGACGUUAAAGCUGCUACGCUUUUACUCGAAAACGAACACAACCCAGAUGCAUGUUCAAAGUCAGGCUUCACUCCUCUCCACAUUGCAGCGCACUAUGGGAACGUGGGAGUGGCCAAGGCUUUGCUGCAAGCAGGUGCGGACCCCGGUCGAGCCGCCAAGCACAAUAUCACGCCCCUACAUGUGGCCAGCAAGUGGGGGCAGCUGGCUAUGGUCGACUUGUUGGUCGAAAAUGGUGCAAAUAUAGCAGCAAUGACGCGCGAUGGAUUAACGCCAUUGCAUUGUGCGGCACGUUCAGGCCACAGUAAUGUCGUAUCGCGGCUCCUCCAACACGGGGCGCCUAUUACCAGCAAGACUAAGAACGGUCUUACCCCUCUCCACAUGUCCGUGCAAGGCGAACACGUGGAGACGGCCAAGGUACUGCUGUCGGAGGGCGCGCCUAUCGAUGACGUCACCGUCGACUACCUCACCGCGUUGCACGUCGCGGCGCAUUGCGGUCACGUUAAGGUAGCAAAACUACUUCUAGACAGAAACGCAGACGCAAACGCACGAGCUCUAAACGGAUUCACACCACUACACAUCGCGUGUAAGAAGAACAGGCUCAAAGUUGUGGAACUACUGCUCAAAUAUGGUGCAAGUAAAUCAGCAACAACAGAGUCAGGGCUGACACCUCUACACGUGGCGUCGUUCAUGGGUUGCAUGAACAUCGCUCUAGUGCUAGUGGGCGCGGGCGCGGAUGCCGAUGCCGCCACGGCGCGGGGGGAGACACCCCUACAUCUAGCGGCGAGGGCGCAUCAGACCGACCUAGUGAGGGUGUUGCUGAGGAAUAAUGCCAAGGUGGAAGCUCGAGCUAGAGAGGAACAGACCCCAUUACACGUAGCUGCUCGACUCGGCCACGGUGACAUCGCGGCGCUACUGCUGCAGCACGGAGCGCAAGUCGCUGCUACAACUAAGGACAGAUACACGCCUUUACACAUCGCUGCCAAAGAAGGCAAAGAAGAAGUAGCGUCAAUCCUUCUCGACCACAACGCCCCCAUAGAAGCAGAAACACGAAAAGGCUUUACCCCUUUACACUUAGCAGCCAAGUAUGGAGACAUAGGCGUUGCAAGACUACUCCUAGCAAGGGGGGCUCAGCCAGAUGCUCCUGGCAAGAGCCACAUCACACCCUUACACAUGGCCACGUAUUAUGGACAUCCGGACAUCGCUCUACUUUUGUUGGACAAAGGUGCCUCCCCACAUUCUUUGGCGAAGAACGGGCAUUCGGCACUUCACAUCGCAUGUCGGCACAAUCAUCCCGAUAUCGCCUUCGCGUUAUUGGAACAUGAUGCGGACCCGGGCGUAAAGUCAAAAGCCGGAUUCACACCACUACACAUGGCAGCUCAGGAGGGCCACGAGGAUUGUGUGGAAAUGCUGAUCGAACGAGGGGCUGACGUCAACGUGCCUGCUAACAAUGGUCUAACACCAGUACACUUAGCAGCAGCGGAAGGUCGCACAGCAGUCCUCAAAGCGCUCCUAGGCGCCGGCGGGAGAUGUGGCGCGCGCACUCGCGACGGCUACACGCCACUACACGCGGCCGCGCAUCACGGACAUCACGCCGCCGCCAAGACACUGUUGGAGGCUGGCGCGGACGUCACUGCUAAAGCCGCUCACGGGUUCACUCCACUCCAUCAAGCUGCCCAGCAAGGGCAUACGCUUAUCAUUCAACUGUUGCUCAAGAGCAAUGCUGAUCCCAACGCGUUAUCAGCCAACGGCCAAACGGCGUGUGCAAUAGCAGACCGGCUAGGCUACAUCAGCGCUGUGGAAGCUCUGAGGCCACUCACCGAAAACACUUUGAGCCAGGCUGUAGGUGAUACCGGUGGUUUAGAAGGCAAAUACAGGGUCGCGGCGCCUGAGCUCAUGCAGGAUACAUUCAUGAGCGACUCCGAGGACGAAGGCGGAGAAGUGGAGUGUCCAAUCCAACAGCAGCAACAGUACCGUUACAUGAACAGUGAAGCGGGCACGUUGAACCGGGCGCGGCCGCUGGAGGACAGCGUCACAGAUGGACACCUCUGGCCCAGCAACAACGACAGCCGCGUCGCCACCAUCGAGCGACAGCCGCUCGACAUCGGAUUCCUGGUGUCGUUCGUGGUGGACGCUCGAGGUGGCGCGAUGAAAGCUAAGCGGCGCGGCGGGGUGCGAAUCAUCGUGCCUCCCGCUGCCUGCGCCGCUCCCACCAGAGUCACGUGCCGAGCGGCCACACGAAGAGCUCCCGUGGCGGCGCCUCCCCCACUCAUGGAAGGCGAAGCCCUGGCCUCAAGACUGCUGGAACUGCAACCACAGGGAGCCAAAUUUUUAGGGCCCGUUAUCAUCGAGGUGCCAAUCUUCACAGCGUCGUGCCCUGAGCGGGAAAUCGUAAUACUGCGAUCUGACACGGGGGAGACCUGGCAGGACCACUACCUGCACAACAAUGACAACCCUAUGAUACAAGAAGCGUUAACCCGCGAAAGACAAGAUCACGGAAACAGCGGCGAAAGCUUGGGCGAGGCUGGAGAGCGAGUCACACGCAUCAUCACUUGCGACUUCCCACACUAUUUAGCUGUGGUGUCGCGAGUCAGACAAGAAGUACACAUCAUUGGACCUGAGGGAGGCACUAUAUCUUCUGCUCACAUACCACAAGUCCAAGCCUUAUUCCCGCCGCAAGCGCUCACAAAACGCAUCCGCGUCGGUCUUCAAGCGCACGGAGCCAACAGCACCCUCUGUCGACGAGUCCUGCCUCGACACGCGGCCGUGUCCCCCGUGCUCACCGUGGAGCCGCGGCGGAGGAAGUUCCACCGCAGCAUCACUCUCACUGCUCCUCUACCGCAUCCCGCUGAUCAGAAGAUCAACAGCCACGACAAGCAAUCCACCGCAAACCUGCGACUACUGUGUUCCAUAAUGGGCGGGCAAGCGCGUGCGGUGUGGGAAGACGUCACGGGAUCCACACCUCUAACCAUCACGGAUGACUGUGCUUCUUUCACCACCACUGUUUCAGCCAGAUUCUGGCUGAUGAAUUGUCAAAAUGUUAGCGACGCAACGAAACUAGCAACAGAAUUAUACAGAGAAAUGCUUCUGGUACCAUUUGAAGUACGCAUCGUUGUAUUGGGCAAACGCCUGGACGCUUUAGAAGGGCGGUUGCUAGUGCUGUAUAUCACCGACAGAUACGCUUAUGACACGCUACUGCAUCAGGAGCACUACACCGAAGUGGCACACUCGACCUCGGUGCGGUUCCUGGACAGCAAACCUGUGUACCUGGAAUUCUCUGGAAACCUCGUGCCCGUCACCAAGUCUGGAACACAACCCACUUUCAUCUUCGAGGCUUUCAAGGACAACCGCGUGGAAUUCACCGUUCGCGUCAAACAUCACGAGGAGACCCCGUCGGGCAGAAUUUACUUCAUGAACGAACCUAAGGUGGCGAAGGGUGAACAGUCGCCUAAUCCCGCGUGCGUGUUAGACGUAUCUCUGCCCGAACGCAUCGCGCCUAGAGCGGCCAAGAGCCAUCUCGACUGUCUCAACUUGGACCAGUCUGGAUUUGACGCCCUCAAGGAUGAGCUGAGCUUCCACUGGGGAGACCACAACCACAGCAUCAACCCACCAGCCAUUCCCGAAGACGAGCCGCUACAACUCAACGGGCAUGAUAAGACUAUUGCUAAUGGUGACGUCAAGUAUCCCACCAAAGAUACGCAGGAAAAGGACACGAAGCCGCACGUAAAUGGUGACACCCUGCACGUUGAUUCCAAUAAAACAAAAGCUACUUUUGAUUCCGACGAAGACAAGACGCCAAUGAACACUCUAGAGAAGGGUAAAAAGAAGCCUGAAGGAGGUUCCUUCCUUGGCGGGCUUGCUGAUAAAGUAAAGAAUGUGUUCAGUCACAGUGACGAUAAAGACAGCAGCAAAGAAUCUUCUCCCAAACCUCAGCCCAAACCACGCGAAUCCAAAGAAAAAUCACCACCAAAACCUGCCCCGAGAAUCAUAAACGAGGACAUACUUGAAAAAGUAGAAGAUAUGUUCAAGGAUGUACGUCAAAAGCCACACCUUAAAGAUGACGACGAUCUCAAUAGCCAAGUGUAUUCCACUAAACUGAUGGUAGAUGAAGAAGAUCCUAAGGAUUUACGUAUUAAAACCGAAGACGUAUACGAGCAAUAUCAGCAUAUGCAACCCGUAGAUACUCCUCUGCGUUAUAAGACUACCGAUCCAUUCCAGUUCUAUGACGACUGCUGUAAAAGCAAAUUCAAGGGCGAAAAACAUAGUCACGAGGAGACCUCUAAUUUAGCCGACAGAAUUGAACAAGUCAAGUUUACCACACAUGAAAAGAUACACGAGAUCUCCGACAGUGCUCACGGUGAAUUACAAAAUGCUCUCAGUAAAGUCAAAAAAGAAAAAGAUAAUGUCAGACAGCAAGCCAACGAAAUACAAGAAGAUUUAAUAGUAAAGUCUGAAAAUAUUAAAAAUGACCUUAUUAGUAAAGAAGAAAAAUUAAAGUCAGACCUAAAAGACGAUGCAAACAGGCUAAAUGAUGCAGUUAGUAAUAAGGUGGAUGAUAUUUCAGAAUCAGUGAAAAAAGUUCAAGAAAAACUUAGUGAUGAAACAGCUGAUUUGCACAGCAAAAUCUCACACACACUUGAUAAUGUACCUAUACUCUUUAAUAACUCUAAGGAAAAGUUGACCGAUAAAGUUCAUUUAAUGGAUUUUGCUGCAAUAGAAAGAGGUGAACAAAUGAGACUAAAUGGUCAAGAUGAGAUAUCACAGAUGGGAAAAUCAUUUGAACGUGUAGCAGAUAACAUAAGUAGCAAAACUGAAGAUAGUACGAAUUCAGUUUCAAGUAAAAUUCAUCAUCUUAAAAUGGAUGUAGAAAAUCAAGUUGAAAAUAUUACAAACACAGUUAAUGAGAAAGCAAGUGAUGCUACUGAAAAUGUAAAUAGCAAGAUUGAUAAUGUUAAGAAAGGGACUGAAGAAACAAUAGACAAAGCCAAACUUGCAACUAAUGAAAAAAUAAAUGAAGUGAAUGAAUCUAUUGAAGUUGUUAAAGAGAAAGGGAAAAAAGCAAAGUCAAAAGCUGAAAAGAAAUCUAAAGAGGGUAAAAACUUUUUCACGGGACUUGUCCAAAACAUUUUUGGAGAGAAAGACAAAAUAGAGGAUGACGUUAAAGGAAAAGUAGCUGAGGGUAAAAAAUCCGCAAAAGAAGCAGCAAGACAAAAUUCUGAAGCGAGAGAUAACUUAGAAGAUAGUAUUGCUAAAGAGAAUGAAAAAAUAAGACAAGAUACAGAAAAGUUUUUGCAGAGCGCAAAAGAUGAAAAAGAUGUAAUUGUUAAAAACAUUCAAGAUAAAAAAGAAGACAUCGUACAAAUCAGCCACGAAAAGUCAGAAGAAAUUGUUAAUGGUAUUCAAAACAAAACAGAUAAUUUGAUACAAAGUGGGCAUGACAAAACAGUAUCAUUUGUCAAAGACGUGGAAGAUAAAAAAGAUGAAUUAUUGCAGAACGCCCAAGACACGAAACAAAAUAUUAUGAAAGGUAUGCAAGAUAAAACUGAUGAAUUCAUGCACUGUGCCCAAGACAAAACGGAAAAAAUUGUACAAGAUGUUAAAGGUAAAAAAGAACAAUUAGUACAAAGUGCUAAAGAUUCAACAGAAAAUGCGGUCACAGACAUACAAAUUAAAAAAGACCAAUUAGUAAAAAGUACACAAGAUGCUUCCGAAAACGCUGUUAAUUAUUUGCAAGAUAAGAAGAACGAAUUGCUACAAAACUCUAAACAAACUGUACAAUUUGCACAAGAUUAUACAGAUGACUUUCUGCAAAAUGCCAAAGAUAAAAAAGAUGGAAUUUUAAAUGACGUACAAUAUACAAAAGAAAAUUUGUUGCAAAAUACUCAAGAGAUUAUUAAAGAUGUUCAAAAUGAGAAAGAUGAAUUAGUUGAUACAGCAAAAGACGCAACUGAAAAAUUUACCAGUAGUGUACACGAUAAAAAAAAUGAAAUGAUACAAAACGCACAAAACAGAACUGAGGAUCUUGUCAAAGUUGCAAAAGGUAAAAAAGACGAGUUAGUACAAAGUGCAGAAAAGCAGGGCGAAGAAAUUGUUACAAGUGUUCAAGAUAAAGCGGCUGAAGUAGUACAAAAUGUUAAAGACGAAAAGAAUAAAGCAGCACAAAAGGCAAAAGACACGAAAAAACAGUUAGAAGAUUUUCUGUUUAAUGAGAAAAAUGAAUUUGAAACAGCUUUACAUCACAAAGUCGAUCGAGCUGAUAAAUCACUUAAAGAUACUAAACAAAGUGUAGAAACAGCAAUCACAGAUAAAAAAAAUGAACUAACAAAUAUUAAAAAUUCAGUACAGUUUGAAGCUGAAGACCGACUGAGCCGAAUUAUACAAGAGGCUGAACAGACUACGGAUGAAAUUAAAAGGACAGCUGAGGAAACUUUAAAUGCUGCAGCGGAUAAGAAAUCUCAAGUAGAUGCUAAAAUAGCCAACAAAGUUAGUGAUAUCAAGGAUUCCGGAAAUGAAGAAUUAGCGAGGGUCCGAAAUAUCGCAAACGAAAAAGGAAACGCAUUACAGAAGUCAGCAAAGGCUUCAUUUAUUCAUGUUCAGGAUUCAGCCUCCAGUGCUUUCGACCAGUGUGAAAGUGCCGCGAAGGAUAAAGUAAACGACGCUAAGUAUGCGUACGAAGAUUUGCAAAGUUCCGCUCGAGAUACUUUCGCUGAUUUCAGAGAUGACGUGCAAGGACUAGAAAGUUCUGCCCAGGAUACACUGCACAGUUUUCAGAGUUCUGCGGGUAAUACGUUUGACAGUUUAGAUGAAUCGACGCGGGAAUUCGCUGGUGAUGCCCAAAACACUGCAUCGAAAACCGAGGAAAAUGCUAAGGAGUUGUUCGGAAACGUGCAAGACACGUUCGAAGGUUUCCAACUAGCUGCUGGAAAUAAACUUGAGGAUGUUAAGGGAUCAGCGAAGGACAGGUUAGAAGAGGCUGACGAAGGGCUGGAAAAGACGACCGAAAACGUAAAACAGGGCGUGAGAGAAACCGAGGAGGCUGUGACUGACGCACUCUCUAAUGAAGCAGAUAAAUUCACGAGCAGUCUUAAUGAUUUGGGAAAUUCUGUCUUCGGAAUAUCCGGCAAAGGAUUCAUGAAGGAUUCCAGCACGAAACUGCUUGAAUCUGAAAAAUCGCAGUCUUCACCAUCACCACACAAGAAAAGUUCGGGAAUACCGAAGCUUAAGAGGAAGAAUAAGAAAUAAGCGAACGAGCGACCUGCGGCGAACGACGUAUGGUAUAUAGUCUAGCUUAGACACACGGACUAAACGAAAAAGAUAGACUAACAAACGUGAUUACGAAAAUUCGUUAAUAUAAUUUAAUAACUGAGGACCUCCACCUUUUUGGGAAGUAUGUUGAUGAAGCCUGUCCCCUAAAAAUGAAAGUUGUGGUUAUCAUUGCUACAAUCGUAAUUAAUGUGUUUGACUGAAAGUUUGUAUCAAACUAGCACAAUACAUGUUUGAACUAAUGAACUACAUGUUUUGUAAAACUUUUGACACCUCUUCAGAAAAAAUUGACAUUUUAAUUAUCACGAAUAACGGAUCACGUGUAAUUCUGUCUAGCUUUUCCUUUAGUCUGUGUUUAGACUUAAUAUUUAUUUGUUAUUGUUAAUAUACUGUCUGGUACUAUUGUUUCACGGGUGCUCUUACAUAUAAAUAUUAGAAUUUUUAUUUAUAAAAAAGUUUUGGACGAGAAUUCUUUAAGUGAUUUAAAGGAUCGAAUACAAUCGAUUUGAUAUUGAUUUUAUAAUAUUAUGAUAUAGACAUUAUGACAUGCCCAAUACAUUAUAUAAUAUGAGAAGAAGAAUAGUCUAGAUCCAACAUAUAAUUACCCACUUUUGGUUCUAAUUAAAGACAAAUCAGUGAAACAAUAGUAGUUGUAGUGUAGAAAGCAUUGUGUAUUACUCUCGUCUAAGUGGAUGUCUAUUCAACAAUUGUACCUAUACUACUUUUUUGAAUGUCGGUUAAAGGGAUUAUUCGUGUUUACUCGAAUAGCAACAGAUAAUGGGAGCUGUCAAAUUACAUAAAAAUUCCCGUAAUAUUAAGGUUAGUGCUUUUAAUGUUAAGAGGCCUUACACACGGAUGAUUUUUCUGCUGCGUUUUAAUAAUGCGUUUUAUCACUUGAUACGAAUCUUUUUAAAAUUAAUCAUAAAACACCUUCUAUAAAUGUUAUAUCGGUGUAAGGUCAGUCGGUGUUUAUAUGAUAAAUUAUUAUUAAUUAGAGUGAGAUUCGAUUAGUACGAACGCCCGUUAAAAAUGAUGGUAAAAUGCUUUGCUUGAAAGAUUAUGCAACCUUUGGGUGUCCAGAUUUCUCGAUAUGAAGUCGUACGGGAUAUUUUGUGAAAGCAGCUUUAUUUCUUACAUAUUUGACCCUCGUGUUUCUAAGCUAACUGACGUAACUUACUGAUGUUGUAACUAAUAUGAUACCGAUUUAAUGCAGCGUAAAAGAUGGACGUGUGUAAGGACUCUUGAAUGUAAAUAGAUUAAAGGCUAUGCAUGAUUGGCUUUAUAACAAUAUGUUAUUGUGUAUAUGACGAAACAAAACAUAGCUGGUCUAUUUAACGGAAGCUGAUAGUGAGUUUUUCGUGUUAUUGGGAACCUUUAACACUACAGAAAAUGUUUUUGUUUAUUGUUGUAUUGUGUUUGUUUGAAAAGUUUAUUGUUUUUAUAACCUCACCAAAAUGUUUAAAAAAUAUAUAAAUUAUAAAUACCUACGUUUAUAUCUAGUUGAAUAAACGACCUAAGUUUUUUUAAUAUCCCGCCAUUUCUCACUGUCAGCUUUUUAGACUCUAUGCGCUAUCCAGUGAAUACAAAAUGCUAUACCUAGCUUCCAUUGUCAAGUACAAAUGAGUACAGUCAUUAUGGCAAAUAUUAAUUUAACAAUUCGAUUUCAAAGAAAUCGUGUCUACUUAGUAGUAGGUUAAUAAUAAUUUUUAAUGCAAAUUAAUUAAAUUUACCUAAUGUUUUUUUUUAAUAAUUUAUACAGAUUUAUACAAGUUGAAUCAUGUCUUUAAUCUUGCCUGUCUAUCGAUUUUUUUUGUAAACUGUUUAAAAUCAUAUUGCAAUUUUAUACAUCGACAUAUUAAUUAUUAUAUAAUUUUAUUAAUUUGUAUAAAAUAGUCAUUUUGUUACGAGUUAGAUUUUAUACUGUUGCGUCUAAUAUCUUUUUAAAAUGAAUAAAAUUAAAAUUCAAUCUAAUGAGAAUUAAGGCCCCUUAAUAUUAAGGGCCCACAUAUUGUGUAGAUGUAGAAAUUUUAUUAUAGUGACGUGAAAUCAGAUAAUUUUGCAUUUCUGUAUAAUAAUUUUAAGUAUUUAUGUAUAAUAGAAGCCGAUAUCAAUGUUUUAUGUUGCAUAAUUUAUUGUAUUUUAACACGUGUUUUCUUUAUAAAGUCUACACUGCUUUUGUACAGUAUUUAGUGGGUGUUAAGUAAUUUGCAGCAUCCGUUUCGUUCUGUGGAUCGACAAGUCCAUAGCUUUAUCAUAGAUCUGCUAGGGUAUUUAUUUUUAUACACUUACGACUUAAUAUAUUAUUUUUAGUUAACAAAUUUGAAAUACAUAUUGAUUCGCCGAUAUUCAGACCCCGUUCACACGGCAGUAAGAUCGCACGUUUUUUGCAAGGUGAAUCUUACCAGAUACGUAGCUCGGCGCUUCCACUGAGUAUAGAACCAUUUACACGUUGUUAGUAUUAGUACUGUAAAAAACGUAUCCACACAGUUUUAACCGUAUAAAUGGUUCUACACCCAGUGAAUUGGUAACGUAAUGGUGCCAGUUGCCACCUACAAUUCGGUAAGAGUUAUCCAGCGAAAAAAACGUGCGUUGUUAAUACCGUGUGAACGGAGUCUAUAAAUUAAAUCGUAAAACGGAUUUCUAGGCGUGAAAAUUUAUUGAAAUUUCAUAGUGAACGAAUAAAUGUGUAUUUCAAUUUAAACAUUUCCUUCGAGUGUAGUUUGACACUAUAAAAGUAUAUAAUAUCAAUAAAAUAUUUUUAAUUAACUUUAAACUUAUUUCAAGGUCACGAAGCGGCCAUUUUGAAUGCCGCAAAUUGUCCGUCUUUUACUUAUGUCGAAAUGUUUUCUGUAACUGUAAGGAUAUUGCACAAGUGUAAGCGCCAACAAACUACGGAAUUUUGAUCAGCCGAUUACUGAAACUAGUUGCUACACUAAUCGCCCGAUACAAGACACUUAGCAUUGAGAAAUUCGAAGUAGGUCAUCGAUUAAAUAAUGUGAGUACAGUAGGAGAGAUACAGUACUUUGACGCCUUUGAUCUCGUGGUAAAUGAGGACCACUACUACAAUCCACGAUUUUUCCAUAGUACUGAUGAUUGGGUACUGAUAAGAUACCAUAA